AUGUUAGAUUCUGCCUCUAACAAACUACAAACUAAUCUAGGAAAAAAUCUUAAACAUAUUGAUAGAGAUCUUGCUCUAAAAUCUCAGAAAUGCUCUAACUUACAAGGUGAUUCAAUGUCUAUUAUAAAUGAUAACGAUACAUAAGUAUCAAUAAACUCAAUAAAUAGUCUAUAGACAAAAAUUUUUUCUCAAAAUUUUGAAAAUUAUAGAAUUUAAAACUAAUAAGAAUUUAUGCUUGACAAUUCUAUUUAUGCCGAAUGUUGUGCUGAUAAAUUCUUAUUAUCAAAUAUUCCUCUAAACUAAUCGAGCAGUAUGAUAAGUGAUGAUAAUGAUUAUGAUUAUAAUGAAAACAUCUUAAAUAAUUCGAUUUUCCAAAAAACACAAAGCGAGUCCAGUAGCAUAAAAAGCCCUCUGAGCAAGAGAGUAACUUUCUAAGACUUAUCCUUGAAAAGUCCUUUAUAAUAAUCAAAUCUUUGUUGCAAUAAUUAAGAAAAAUCUAUAAAAUAAUUAUUUUCGUUUGAAAAAAGCUAAGUAGAAUAAAUGAUUAGUUCAUAAUCUGCUUAUUAGUCUAAUUAAUCUAGCUCAUAAAAAGUUAAAAAAUCUAUACUGAAGAAAUCUAAAACAUUUGAACUAAAUUUCAAAAAGGAAAAGGAAGGCUAACAGGAAAUUCCAACUUAAUAAUCUAACAUGGACUUUUGCAAUAUCAGAAAUGAAGAACUCAUUUAAAUAUUACUUGAAAAUGAAACUUAUAACUCCAAAUAUCUAAGAAAAUAUUUUUUUAGUGAUAUGACAACUAAAAUAUCUAGCUCUGGUGAGAGAAAAAGUAAGAUAAUUAUGCUCACACAUAAUUCAUUUUAUGUAUUACAAGAUUAUAGUAACUAUAAGCACAUAUAAAAAUUUGAUAUUUCUCAAAUCAACAAAAUAACAAUUAAUCCUGAAUAUCAAAAUGUUUGCUCAAUUGUCGUGAAAAAUUAGUUUUUAUUAAAUUUAUAAAUAAAUCAUUUUAAAGAAUUUAUAUAAUUUAUCUAAAACAUUUUUAAAUCCGUCUUAAAAAUGUUUAUACCAAUAAUAUUCGACAAAUAAAAAUAAAAAUUUAUUUAAUAAUCAAACAUUAAUGUAAACAAUAAAGUGGAAUCAAAGAUGGAAUCCUUUUUGAAUAGCAAAAAAAAAGAAUUUUACAUUUAAAUUAUGUUAAUAGAAAAUAAUAUUUUACAACAUGACUCUAAAACUAUAGGAUUACUUUAAUUCUUUUAAAAUAAAAUUUUAAUUACUGCAUUGUAGAAGCAUUUAGAGUUAAAUAGACUUACUGAAGUAGAUUUAUUUGAGAUAUGCACAUACAAAAGAUAAUUUAUGUUUAAAUCUCUCAGAAAUCCAGAUCAUUUAUACUUAACCAAGCUUUUGGAUGAUUAAGAAUUUUAACAAUGUUUAAGCCAACUAUAAAAUUUUGAAAAUCAAAUUAAAUGA